UAACGCAAAUCAGUUGUAAACGCAGCUUCGACAAGGAAAGUUGUUAGACAUUCAGAAUGAAGAAUAUAUUUUGGAUGAGUUUCCUAAUCUGUUCGAUUUCUGUGCAGUUGGUAAACUGCUUAGUCUGUCGCAACUGCGUUAGUCCAGCCAGCUGCAGGUAUACAAAGGUAGUCCAGUGCACCAAUUAUGCUGCAAAUGUGACGAGCCAGUAUUUGGCCACAUAUCAUCAGAAUGUGCUUGAGCUAAACAGCAGUCGCUUCAACUGCCUCGCUCUGAAGUAUGUCUAUACGAAAAACACUUCUGUGGACUAUCAUCUCUUUGCCUGUGUUCACCCCGAUCUCGACGUCUGUGCGCUGCAGCUGAAGCCCGAGGUCAGCGACUGGAACAGGACGAGGUGUAUCGUUUGCUCUGGCAACAAUUGCAACAGAAAUUCAUCUGGCAAAAUUGGUGGAGCCCUCUAUAUGAUUGUGGGCACAGUCUGCACUCUCAUAUUAUGUAAGACCUAUGGCUAAUAGGCAACAAUUAUUAUUAAAUGAUUGAUAAAGAUAUUCAGAAAAUAACCUCGAACAAACGAUAUUAUCUUGUCUACCAAACCAAGUCGUUAACCCUUCAAAUAAAAAGUAGUAUUUCCACUUUAUAAGAAGAGGGUUUCCAGGAAUAUAUACAUAAUAUAAACAAGCAUCUGGGUCUUUAAAGUAGAGUAAACUUUUUAAUAGAAAUUAAUUUUAUAACAAAAACCAAAAUAUUUAAACAAUGAUAAUAAUCAAGGAAUAAAUUCAGAUUAGAUAAUUCGGCUAUUAUAAUAA